AAUUAUUUGUCCCUUCCCUUGUUUUCCCAUAUGACUGAAGUGAUCCCUAAUUUCUUGAUUUCGUUUGGUCAUCACUAAGCAGAGCAUCGGCCUCUGCAAUUCAAUCCGAUCUCCCUCCACUCCCAGGUUUUCUGAUGAGAUUUUAUACUCGAUUCAAGUAAAGCUGAAGUGAAAGAAUCCCACAUUUUUUCCGCUCUUUGCCUUGUCUCUGAGUGGUCGAGAAAAAUGGGUCUUCUCAGCAUAAUUCGGAAAAUCAAGCGCAAAGAGAAGGAGAUGCGCAUUCUCAUGGUGGGUCUUGAUAAUUCUGGAAAGACGACGAUAGUGAUGAAGAUCAAUGGUGAAGACACCAGUAUAAUCAGCCCCACACUUGGCUUCAACAUUAAGACCAUCUCUUACCAGAAGUAUACUUUGAAUAUAUGGGAUGUCGGAGGGCAGAAAACGAUAAGGUCGUACUGGAGGAACUAUUUUGAGCAAACUGAUGGAUUGGUUUGGGUGGUGGAUAGUUCAGAUCUCAGAAGACUGAAUGAUUGCAAAUAUGAGUUGGAUAAUCUUCUCAAAGAAGAGAGGCUAUCGGGGGCAUCAUUAUUGAUUUUUGCAAAUAAACAGGACAUACAAGGUUCUUUAUCACCUGGUGAGAUAGCUAAGGUGCUCAACUUGGAAGCCAUGGACAAAAGCCGACACUGGAAAAUUGUGGGAUGUAGUGCAUAUACCGGGGAGGGGCUGCUUGAAGGGUUUGAUUGGUUGGUUCAAGACAUUGCCUCAAGAAUUUACAUGCUUGAUUAGGCUGUUGAUUGAUCAGGAUGAAUUUUUCCUGACAUAUUUGUAGUGCACCCAUCUUAAUACUGAUGAGCAGGCUGCCACGACGAGAGCAUUGAAAUCCCCUAAGAAACUUGCAUAACUGGAAUAGCUUAUGCUUCCACCUAAAUCUUCUCUCUUGUUUGAUAACGUUUGUAGGCCAUUGCAACAGUCUGCUAUUCGGAAAUUGUAGCUGGAUUUGUUUUUGUAAACUUCUGAUACACUUAAAGAUCCUGUGUUCUUAGGCGUUGCGUGCCACAAUUAUCAAGAUUCGAUAUUGCACGUCAGAUGCAUACAGUUCA